AUGAAAACACCUUUUGGGUUAGCCAGCGGGCACUUGGAAGACCUCGAUCUUCUUUUCUACGACUUGCCAGUGCCAGUGCCAGAGCCAGCGCAUCAGAUCACUACAAUGAGUGGUUGGUUAGGUAGUUGGUUGGUCGGUCGGUCCACACCCAGCGCAGCAAAGCACCAGGACCAUCCAGCUCCAGUCGAAAGUGUCUCGCCUUUCUGCCGAUCCAACUUGGCCCCCGAGCAGUCGCUGCGGGCAAAGGGGGCUCGCAGCUCGCUGGCUUCCAUCCAUGGUGGCUUCGCUUCUGCGUCGCCAACGUCGUUGUGUUUCAGAUGA